AUGAGCGAGCGGCUGAUUGUGCCGUGGCACGCUUACUCAUUACCCGAGAUCACCAUGGAGACGCUGUCUGCGGAGGCAGGACUGGAUGCCAUGGCACUCACAUAUGGAGCAGCAUACAUUCAGGGCUGUGAGGCAGGGUGGGGAGUUCGAGAUGAAUGUGCUGCUAAUAAGGAGUCAAACCAAUCAGAGGAGGAAGAAGAGCGGGGUUAA